CACCGGCAGACAAAGGCACGGAGAGCAGCUCGCGCUCCUGCAGCAUCCACACCCACCCUCACACACUCACACACACUCAGUCCACACACACACCCUCACACACACUCCGCGUGCACCAGCGCUGGGAUACCCAUAAUUCCUCAGUGCCAGACCACACCCCCACCGCCACCCUGGACGCCCCCACAGAGCACGUCGGCAUGGAGCUGGACUUCGGUCACUUUGACGAGCGGGACAAGACGUCGCGGGCACCGCGGGGCGGGCGCGCCAACGGCCUGCCCAGCCCCACCCACAGCGCCCACUGCAGCUUCUACCGCACCCGCACCCUGCAGGCGCUCACCAGCGAGAAGAAGGCCAAGAAGGUGCGGUUUUACCGGAACGGAGACCGCUACUUCAAAGGCAUCGUCUACGCCGUCGCCAACGACCGCUUCCGCACCUUCGACGCCCUGCUGGCCGACCUGACGCGCUCCCUGUCCGACCACAUCAACCUGCCGCAGGGGGUCCGCUUCAUCUUCACCAUCGACGGAGCCCACAAGAUCACCAGCCUCGACGAGCUGGAGGAGGGUGAGAGUUACGUGUGCGCGUCGGAGAACUACUAUAAGAAGGUGGACUACACGAAGAACGUGAACCCGAACUGGUCGGUGAACGUGAAGGCGUGCGCCGGGCAGAGGAACGCGAUGUGCGUGAGCGGCGGGCGGCCGGGGGCGGAGCCGCGUGAGAAUAAGGACUUCGUGAGGCCGAAGCUGGUGACGGUGAUGCGCAGCGGCGUGAAGCCCAGGAAAGCGGUGCGGGUUCUGCUGAAUAAGAAAACCGCACACUCCUUCGAGCAGGUCCUCACCGACAUCACCGAGGCCAUCAAACUGGAGAGCGGCGUGGUGAAGAGGAUCUACACACUCGACGGGAAACAGGUGACCUGUCUGCAGGACUUCUUCGGUGAUGACGACGUCUUCAUCGCGUGUGGACCGGAGAAGUUCCGCUACGCUCAGGACGAUUUCUCUCUGGACGAAAACGCUCACUUCAGUCCAGGAGCCAAAGGCAGAUCCAGAGGAGCUAAUGCUAAUGCUAGUCAAGAGUGUCGGGUGAUGAAAGCUCCUAAAGGUCAGAGAGGUUCUGCUAAGAGUCCUGGUCCAAUCAGGCGCAGCAAAUCCCCCGCCGAGUCCACUAAUGGAACUGGUUCCAGUAGUCAGUUGUCCACUCCCAUCUCUAAGCAAUCUCCGAUCUCCACCCCGACCAGUCCCGGCAGCACCCGCAAGCAGAAGGACCUCUACCUGCCGCUCUCUCUGGACGACGAUAACGAUUCGCUGGGAGAAUCCAUGUAAGCUCCUCCCACCUCUGGCCACGCCCGCCGAACGUCCCGACCUGCCAAUCACAGAGGUACCUGUGGUGUUCUGCGUCUCUGAAACGUCAACAUGGAUCGCCCCCUAGUGGUGUGGAGGAGUGCACUGCUCUCCGCUCUUUGGUUUAAUCCCAUCAGGCUUUGCGGCAGUGGUUUUACUGCACUGUUUGCUGCUUGAGAAUUCGUCGCAUCCAUUUCUGGCACCUUUUCCGGGUUCAUUUCCCUGUUUUUUAUCGAUGUUUGAGAUGUUGUUCCGUGUGUGCCGGGCACACGCAGCGAUUGUAACACGUCGUGCACAAUGUAGGAAAAAAACGAGCACCCAAAUUUUUACGAGCCGUCUGUUAGCGUAGUUUUUAAUUUUAUCUCUGUGUUUUUGAACUUUUGAAUUUUUGGAUUUUUAGCACAGUAAAAACGAGCCGGUAUGAAAUGUGCAGUUUGUAAUAUUGGUGCAUUUUAAUAUCGGCGCAGCUUUUUUGCGAACCGCUCGGUCGUCGUCACUUUAAAAGCCAAAAUUUCUAGACUUUUUUCAUACCGUUUCUUCGCCGCUUGGUUUUUUAGCGAAUUUCCAAGCAGCAAAUGGACAUUUUUACUGAGGUGCGUUGGUCUGACUUGUACAAUAACCUUUAUUGCAGCAUUAAUACUUUAUAUUAAUCUGUUUUUGUAACCCUUUCUCCUUUUCUGUGCCAUUUUUUUUGGUGUGUUAAGAAAAAAAUAAGAAUCAAUCAACAGCCUAGUUUAAAUGUAUAAACUGAGGGGAUAAAAUUUCACAUUUUUAAUCCCCUCCCACACCUUAUGAUUCAGAUGUACAGUCGUCUUCUCUUUUUGUGUCCCGUUUUGAACCACUUUUGGCCUUUUUCAGCCUCGCCACACUCUUCCUCUUCCUCUGCUGUAUCUGUUCAGUGUUUCUCCAACAUUUUAAAGACGUUUGAGCUGUAGCUUGUUAGCUUGUUAGCGUGUUGCUAAAAAAGCGUACAAGGAAAAAUGUAUGGAUGUUUUGGGUGUUUAACUUAAAAAAAUAGGAAAAAAAAAAGAAUAAAAACACACAAAAAAAAGAAAAGAAAACUGUCCAACCAAAGCCAUAUGAUUAGUGAUCUAUAAAAAAAAUGAGCACAUACACUUCCCACAUUUUAGUUUUAACGUAAAAAAGAAAACAUAGUAACUGAGUAAGUAAUGCUUAACGGAAUGUUCUUAUCCAAGUAUCAUUUUUUCCUGCAAGAGGAAAGUCUGAAAGUUUUUAGUACGAAGUUUUAAAGGUUAAAAUUGGGAGUUAAAACAUCUUUUAAAAGCCAAAGUCGUGUUGAACUGAAGGUCCUGAAGGUUGAAGCUCCUCUGGUGUACAUAUAUAGGCAUGAGUCAAAAACUAGUUAGAAACUCAUUUUAAGAGAAUAUUAAAAAAAAAAAACAGGCUUGAGCAUUUUUACAUUUUAGAAAAUUUUAGAUUUUCUAUAAUUGAGAACGACAGGGAUGGGAAGCAUCUCUUUUUGUUGUACUGCAUGGUGGCGUGUCCUCGCUUCAGAGGAAAAAAUCAGAAUGUCUCAUUUUGUCGAACGCUUUGGGUCAUAAAUCACUGUUUUACUCAAAUUCAGCAUUUUUGUUCAAAUCAACUCCAAUUUUAUAAAGAUUUCAUGUAACUCUGUUUCACAAAAAAACUAAAACAAUUUACAGAAUUUUAGGAAAUUCUAGGAGACGAAGCAGAAUUUAGAACAAAAAAAAAACGGUCAAAAAGUCAGACUUAACAUAAAAAAGCAGUUUAAAAACUUAAAAACCUUUAUUUCAAAAAGUUAUCUGCAGAAUUUUAUGAAAUUCUAUCAGUUUAAGCAGCUGGUACUACUAACAGAUUUGGUGAGUCAAAUGUUUUGGUUUGUUAAAAUAAAUAUACUAAAAAUUCAAUUAAAGCAGAAAUUUUAAUUUUAGAAUAAACUUAACUUUAUUUCACAAACCAAUCGACAGAAUUUUUGAAAAUUCUAGCAGAUGAAGCAAAACUUAAAAACAUUUAGUACUAAAGAAAAAUGUAGCACUGAGUAAAAAUGCAGCUAAAGAGAAAUAAAAACAUAAUUAACUUUUUUUCAAUAACAAAAACAUGUUUUAGUUGAAACGUACACACGUUUAAAAAAUGCAAUAGAAGCCGAAUUUUUUAUUUUAGAAUAAACUUAAGUUUAGUUUCUAAAUUUUCUGAAAUUCUCUCAGUUAAAGCUGCUUUCAUUGCUAAUAAAUUUGGAUUAACAAAGUCAGAUUUUUUGUUUGUUUCUUGGCAUAAAUACAUUUAAAAAUCUACAAUCUAAAGAAUUUUCUGAAAAGCUGCUUUUAGCACUAAUUCAUUUGAUAAGCCUGAUUUUUUGUUUGGUUACAUAUAUGUAAAAAAGUACAAAAACAAAAUAUAAACUCAGAAAACUGAGACACGUCUCAUAAUAUAAUCUUUCACUAUUUCAUAUUUAAGCAUCAAUAAAAAGAACAAUGUGAAAAUUGUGAAAAACUAAAAAAUACCAUUUUCCCUCUGCUUUUACUUUUACAAUUUCAACAAUUAUAUUAUUUUAUUAUAUUUAUUAUUAUUAUUAUUAUUAUUACAUUUGCACCUGUUAUAACCACUUUUUCACCAACAGUGGAGGGUGUGAACGUAUCUCACCUUCUUUGGUGCCUUUUUUUUACAUUCUUGUGUUUUUUAAUAUAAAUAGAAAAAAAAUAAAUUAAUGAAACUCCCUAAACCCCCACUUUCACCCCAAACCUUUUCAGAUGUUUGUAAAAAUCCUCUUUCAUUUCAUUAAAAGUGGUAAAAGUUAUGAACAAUACUCUGCUAGUUUGAAGCUUUUUGCUGGUUUUUGUAGUUUUUAGAAGAAUUCUCCUCAAUAUGGUGCCGAUUUUCUCAAACUCCUCCGGGUUAUGGAUGAAACUUCACCUUCCUCUCUGAUGAUGAUGAUGAUGAUGAUGAUGAUGAUGAUGUAAUUCUUGCUGUGUCAUCGUGACUUGUUUCAGUGAUGUCAUUCUGUGUAUUAACUCUCCUUUUUUCAAUUAAAAUGAGAUCUUAUUCCA